CGUAGUUUGUCCUUUCCCAGGCACGUAGUUUUUGUUGCUCGUCCACGCUUUUUUUAGUUCAUGCCUCUUCUAUUUUCAUUUCGACGUUGCUGUUCUUGCUUGUUUUUCACAAGAUGGUGAUGAUGAUACUGUAGCUGUUCUUCAAAUACAAAAAAGAUCAAGAUGUCGCUUUGGUUUUGGCUUUCAGAACUUCUUUCAUCACGACGAGCAUUACGGUAUUCGGUAUGUUGUAUUUACAUUUAGCACCAUUCGUGGUGUAAGUGUAAGUAGCUAGUACUACGUCUAUGUAGAAGCAGCUAGCCCCUGUCCUCGCGGAAAAAAGUAGAACAAAAUGGGGAACUUUUGUUGUCAAAAGAUCGAUCCUUUGAUUGCAUUCGUCAAUCUGCCGAGGGAAAUCAUCAUCGAGAAUCGGCGGUUGGGUUUGCUUCAUGUAGUCCUCACGGUGCUGGUGGGAAUAUGGGUGAUCUACAACUUUAUUUAUUCGCGGGCAUGGAACUUAGAGCACAUUCCGGUUCACGGGAUGGUCGAAUUGUGGAGUGGCUCGCCCUCGACAUGGGACGCUACAGUGAAACACUGCACCGACCUGAGCUACUACAACUACGAUUGGAGCUCCACCUUUAUGUAUCGGCCGACAAAGUGUAUGCGGUUACCGGAAGGCGAAAACCAGUAUAAACUCGGGAGUAGGAUGUACAUCACAACUUAUGCGGUAGACAGCUACUACGUGGGUGGCGUCAAACAGUGGAGCCUAGAAUUUUUGACGCAAAACGUGGAUGACUUGAUGAUAUAUUUCAAUCACGGAUACCAAGUGACCACACAAAGCGACAAGGUAGUUCGUGGCCGCGACAAGUUUCAGGGUGAAGAGGGUACACUGGGAGGCAGCAUGAGUGAGAUCUCAGGCGAACAGGGCCAAAUGCUCACGAUUUUCCAGGAUAGCAGUGGCAGUCGUGAAUGUGUCAUUGGUGGAAAAUCCCGAUGGAAGCCUAGGGACGCUCUGUCUGGUAUAUCCGGGAAGUUAAGUGAGUUUCUAGCCUGUGGCGGCAUUUCUCUCGAUGAUUACAACCAUAAAGUGAAGACCAAUAGCGCCGUGGAAGUCGGCACGCCCACCUAUCGAAUAACGGGUGCGGGGCUCAAACUUGAGCACUACUACUACAACUCGCUAAUGCACUCGGAAAGUGACUGGGCGGGGACUGUGUGCUACAUCCGCGUGCGAACAGUUCCGAUUUGGAACAGCAAUCAGAUUGCCGCACACACCACAGUAUACGACGGAACUAUUUCUGGUACCAACCCAAGUGCUAGCGACGUGCAAAGUGCCUAUCGCUUUCGCUACCAGUACGGCGUCUCCGUCGAGCUAGAGGCUUUGGGGACGUUCUCCUUGUUCGACUACCAAGCCUUGAUCACGGGUCUUGUUAACGCUUUGGUGCUGUUGGCACUUCCGACGGCGGUCAUCAAGGUGAUUGCGUGCAAGUUUUGUGGCCCCAUAAGCGCUGUGUACGAAAGAAGCCAAGCGGAGCCAGUGGAUCUGAACGAAUUCAUCUACGGAGCAGUUGCGCGAAAGUUUGUCUACGCACACGUUUUUAAGCAGCUAGCAAAGGAAGGGAAGCAAGCCCGAGGCGGAGAUCAGCCUCCUGAUGGUGCUAAUGUUACUGUGGUCCAAAGACCUCCAGUAGCAACAGUACCUGUAGCGCUUCGACAAAUGAUGAAUGCUGGCAUGAUGCCACCACCCGGUGAGGGACAACUACAGCAUCAAGUGAAUUUCGUAGACGGCGAACCGACCAAACCACCCGUAAACGCUCUCAUGAAAGCGGCCACAAUGGCGCGGCAGGAAGCCCCUGUUAAUGCGAAAGAGGCAAGUUUAGAUCCGGAGCAUGUCGGGGCCAUGCUUCAGGAAGCGUUGCUACAGUGCGUUCAGGAUGGGACGUUGGAUGAACAGGAGAUCAACCUGAUGUCGGAAGCCAUUCUACAUGGUCUGGAUCAUGACGGUGGUGAUUCCUUGCAGAUGCACGAAUUCGUUGAGUCCUGCUCGUUCGGAGACAAGAUUGGCCCCACAGAAAUCGGCGCACUCUUCGACAAAGAGCGCAGAGCAGGUUGCUUGGAGAGGUUACUGACCGAUAACAAGAUGAAGCACAUGCUGGAUAUGGCCUCGGAAGGCGGAUCAGAGAAAAGGAAGGUGGAAAGGACGCUCAGACGAAGAACGGCAUCGCUUCAGCGAAUCGGAUCCUUGCACGAAAUUAGGAACCAUCAGACAAUCACAAUAUAUUCACUACAAACAUUGUCACCAGCACAUAAAAAAGAAAAAGACCAUCUACAGCUAGCUAGUGAGAUGUCUAUUUUGUUAUUCUGGAUAUUAAAUCAAGUAGAAGCCUCUUUAUGUAGUUCGAUGUCUAAGUCUCUCAUCUUGUCUUUUAGUGAGGAGCCUGAGAGUGUAGGUGUACUGUAUAUUGUUAUUGAUAAUAGAACUGUAUUAUUUAUCGAAGCAUCCUUCGUCCCUAAGAUCUCCGACGGUGCAGACGAGGCCACUCUGCCGCCGCAGCGUGGUCGAAGCAGUUGGCGGGCAAUUGACGAGGAAGCGAUAGAACUGGGAAACCUCGAGAACGGAGGCGCCCACCAAGACCUCGAGAAGGGUGAGGGUGGAGGCGCUGCAAGUCAGGAGGAAAAGGGAGAAAAUAAAGGAAAGGAAAACGAACAAGGUGCUGAAAAAGGGGUCGACGAUUCUCAAGGACAAGGAGGAAAAGGGGAACAAGACGAGGGAGAUGCAUCAGCGCCUCAAAAAACGAAGCGACGGCGAUCGUCCAAGCCACGGGAGAAGAAACUCCGCACAUGAACGGAGAGGACCGAUGACAAUCAAGAGUAGAGCUACUGGAGGAUGACUUCCUGCAUAUGGUCGGGCAGCGCAGUACACAUCGACAUGAUCGGCCGAUGCUGGUAUAACUACGAGUUGAGCUUGCGCCCACAUGCUCUUUUGCGAAUGCUGCUGCCUUCCGUAGUCUGCAUAGAAGUGCUGAGGCUGAAUGUUGUUCAAUUAUAAUUUUUAGAUUUACAUUUACUUUUAGAUUAAAUGCUGUUGUUCUUGUUGAUUUAAGUACUUAAGUAGCUUCAGUAAUCAGAUUAACGAGUCGGCAAAUUUGAUAUUAUCACCCAACCCAAAAAAAGACAUUGAAAAACAAAAAGGCUAAUAGCCGCUAAUCAAAUGAUGACUCAUGAUAGUGAUACAGCAAC